CCUUGUGAAGCAGAGCUUCAGGAACUGAUGGAACAAAUUGACAUCAUGGUGAGCAACAAGAAGCUGGACUGGGAAAGGAAGAUGCGGGCUUUAGAGACACGGUUAGACCUCCGGGAUCAAGAGUUGGCCAAUGCACAGACUUGCUUGGACCAGAAAGGCCAGGAGGUGGGCUUACUUCGACAGAAGUUGGACAGUCUAGAAAAAUGUAAUUUAGUAAUGACUCAGAACUAUGAAGGGCAGCUACAGACCCUCAAAGCUCAAUUUUCUAAGCUAACCAAUAACUUUGAAAAACUGAGGUUACACCAGAUGAAGCAAAACCAAGUUCACCGAAAGGAAGCCCCCAGCAAAGAAGAAAUACCCUUCGAGCUGAGCAGUUUGAACCAGAAGCUGGAGGAAUUUAGAGCGAAGUCAAGGGAAUGGGACAAACAGGAGAUCCUCUACCAGACUCACCUAGUGUCUUUGGAUGCUCAACAAAAAUUACUAUCUGAAAAAUGCAAUCAAUUUCAGAAACAGGCACAAAAUUACCAAACUCUGCUAAAUGGUAAGAAGCAAUGCCCAGAGGACAGCAGCCCUGAGAUCCCUCGUCUGGUGUGUGAAUCAGAUCCUGGCUGUGAAGCCAGCCAGAGAGAUGAGUUUAUUAUUGAAAAGUUAAAGUCGGCGGUGAGUGAAAUAGCACUGAGCAGGAACAAGUUACAGGAUGAAAACCAGAAGCUGCUACAAGAACUGAAGAUGUACCAGAGGCAAUGCCAGGCCAUGGAAGCAGGACUGUCAGAGGUGAAGAAUGAGUUACAGUCACGUGAUGAUCUUCUGAGGAUUAUAGAAAUGGAAAGACUUCACUUGCACAGGGAGCUGCUGAAAAUGGGAGAAUUCCAGACUGCUCACGAUAGCAAGAAAAGACUUGAAUCGUCAUAUUCCCCUUCUACUAAAGAACCAGAAAGGAAAAGGAGAGAGUUGUUUGCAAUGGUCUCAGAUCAACCAAAUCAUGAAAAAGAAUUAAACAAAAUGAGAAGCCAGCUCUAUCAGGAGGAAGACCGAUGCUCCGAACAGGAACGCAUGAGGAAUGAGAUCUCGGACCUCACCCAGGAACUCCACCAGAAAGAGAUCACUAUAGCAACUGUCAGGAAGAAGGCUGCUCUUCUGGAGAGACAGCUGAAGAUGGAGCUAGAAAUAAAGGAGAAAAUGUUAACAAAGCAACAGGUCUCGGAUAUGAGAUACAAAGCUGUCCGAACAGAAAACACGCACCUGAAAGGAAUGAUGGGAGACUUAGACCCUGCUCGGUACUUGAGUAUGAACUUCAAUGACAAGGAGCAGUCACAGUGCCCAUCAAUUAACAAACUGGAAUACGAGAAUGAGAGGCUCCGAAGCGAUCUUGCAAAGCUCCAUGUCAAUGGGAAGGCAGCGUGGCCUACCCAGAGCAGCUAUGAUGAAGCGGGAGCAAGCGCCUACCAGAGCCAGCUGAAGACAGAGACCGCUGGAGACAGAAUUAGCCAAGACUGUGAGCUGAACAGAAGUCCAACACCGCCGUUAUCAUCUUUGCCAUUCCAGAACAAAGAAAUGACAAGUCCCUUGGUUAGUGACGAUGAAGUCUUCCCUCUGUCUCCACCAGAUAUAUCCCUCCCAGCUUCCCUGGCUGCACAGCACUUCCUGAUGGAAGAGGAGAGACGGGCCAAGGAGCUUGAGAAGCUGCUCAACGCACACAUCGACGAGCUGCAGAGACACACCGAGUUCACGCUUAACAAAUACACCAAGCCUAAGCAGAGCAGGCACAUAUGAGCUUUGCACCUUUUCUGUUUGCUUCCUCUCCAAAGAAAAAGGAAGGGGAAAAGGCUCCAGUGAAACACUUGCAAAGCAGACUCAUGAAACUGAGAAAUCUGGUUCAGUCUCCACUUCUGUAAGAAAGCUAGAAAAUGUGUUUGUUCCGCAAAGCUGCUCAUCUCUGCAUUUCAUAUACUAAUUGUUCUGUUAGGAUAGAAUAAACAUGACUAGCCCCAGAGGAUUUCUUCCCUAUCUAAGGCAUAGUUUGGGAUUGAGAAUAAAUUAUUUCUGAUUUUAAUCAUGUAUGCUAAAGUCCCAUUUCCUGUUUAACAGGCAGCAAGAAAGGGAAGCGCUCAACUCCAAACGUAAGGAAACUGAGUGCAGCCACUCUGUGCUGGACACAAAACCCCCCCCCCCCAAAAAAGUGAAAGAUGUUUAGAUAGACACACAGGCCUAUGUAAACUCCCUGAGAUUUGUUUUAGAAGUGAAGGAUACAUCCUUGCUGUUUUUACAUUCACUUUUGUAGUGGAUUCUGUGCACUGUGCACAGCAAAAGUUGCUGUGCCUGACAGCCAUGCCACCGCUGAGCCCAGCAAAUGCAGAGCACCCG